AUGCCUUUGAUGGGACUGGGAAGCCUUGCUGUCCAUUUCAAUUCUACGCAGUUGCUCCACACCCGAACAGUAACACUCCAUCAUCACCACCACCACUCCUUAUCUCUUUUCCCUCCGCCUCUCACCCUAAACACCACCACCCCUUCCUCCUCCAUGGCUACCCAUUUCCAGCUCUCAGAGACUCCACAAUUGCAAUCUUCUCCUUCCAUUCCAAUUUCACCUCACGACCUCUUGAUCGUCGGUCCCGGCAUUCUUGGUCGUUUGGUCGCCCAAAUUUGGCGCCAGGAAUAUCCAGGUUGUCAAGUUUAUUCACAAACAGCAACCACUAAUCAUCAUGAGGAAUUGUCUAAAAUUGGUAUUAAUCCGUCUUUGAAAUGGACCAAAGCCUCCCUCAAAUUUCCCUAUGUCAUCUUCUGUGCUCCGCCUUACCAAUCCUCAGAUUACCUUGGCGAUCUUAGGUUGGCUGCAUCAUGCUGGAAUUGUGAAGGUUCUUUGCUGUUUACAUCAAGCUCUGCUCCUUAUGACUGUAACGACAAUGGAUUGUGCGAUGAGGAUAGUCCGGUGGUGCCGAUAGGGAGGAGCCCCAGGACUGAUGUCCUCCUAAAAGCUGAAAAAAUAGUGCUGGAGUUUGGUGGUUCUGUUUUAAGACUGUCUGGACUUUAUAUAUCCUUUUUAGAAUUCUAUAAAGGUGCACAUGUUUAUUGGUUAGAGAAGGGGAUUGUUGAAUCUCGUCCUGAUCACAUCCUGAAUCUAAUUCACUAUGAGGAUGCAGCUUCCCUCGCAGUUGCAAUUUUAAAAAAACAAUUUCGUGGGCGGAUUUUCUUGGGUUGUGAUAAUCAUCCCUUAUCCAGGCAAGAAGUGAUGGAUCUAGUUAACAAAAGUGGGAAAUUUAGUAAAAAGUUUGAGAAUUUUACAGGAACUGAUGAUCCUCUAGGCAAGAGAUUAAACAACUCCAGAACACGGCAGGAAGUAGGGUGGGAGCCCAAGUACCCUAGCUUUGCUCAUUUCCUUGAGACCAUCUGA